AUGUUCAACUCGCAAGUUACUGACCUUGAUUGCCAGCAGAAGAAGGCGACUGAAUUGCAGCCACCACGAGAAAAGAACGAUUCCGAAAAACCGAAGAUUCAGCCUCAUCAGCGCAAAACUGGUGUCGAUGGUCGAUCAGUGGUACCUUGGGAACGUCUGGCUCCCACAUCUCCCACAACCUCUACCGCCGUUGAUUUGUCUGGUAGUCUUCCCCAGUGGGUACCCCCACAACACUCUGAAUCUGCUGCACUUCACCAUCAUCGAACUCCCCGAUCGAUAGGUCAUCGAUCUUCCAAAUCACAGAGUGGUUGUGAGGAGCUCGUGGUGUCUCAUGAUGAUACUGAGUGUGCAAGGGCCAAUCGACCGCUGAGUCUUGCGGUUAAUAAUCGUUCGCAAUCUCAACACCGUGGUGGCAAUGGUCGACGUCACACGACACAUAGUUUUGGGGAUGACUUCGUAGAUGUCACCGCUUUGGAGACCCCCACAAAUGGCAGCUCAAGCAGCAGACGCGCCGUCCGGAUGAACUCUGACUCAUCUGGAAUGGCGAAGUCACGAACCUUGAUCACUUCUUCGGGUGAUGUCUGGGCUGCUGCUGUCGGCUGUGAUGGUAAUGACUCAUCGGGCCAGUUUAUGCAGCAGUCGCGUUCGAUUCGCCAUCGUUCCAGCAUGCAGCAGCAUCAGCAACAUCAUCAGCGCUCUUCAGGAGCCAAUCAGCGCAAGGCUUUUGCAGCUGUCGCAAACCCGGAGCUGAUGACACAGUCACUAAUCGACUGGCCUGGUUGUGACGACAGUUCCACAGCCUCCUCCAACCUUCAACAGCAUCGCAUCUGUCGACAAAUGAAGGCGGUACAUCUCACUGAUUCGGGCCUAGUUCUCUCCCCUCAAGAUGCUGCCAGUUUGCCUGUUUAUCAUCAUGGAAGGCGCAUCUUCUUCUCGUCCUCCUCCUCGAAUACCACUUCCCCCGGUGAAAUGCCUUCCAAUGGAGGGUUUUUCUUCCAAAGUCAGGUGUCAUGCCCGCCUCACCUUGGGGGUAAGGUGAAUACGGAUGAUGCCGUAUGGACAGAUGGCCGAGUAUUUGAGUAUCAGACAGCCCCAGUACAUGCCUAUCCAGGUCAGACUUACAUGUUAUGGCCACAGCAUCAACUCGUUAGCGGACAGAGACGAAGACGUGCUCAGAAUAGUCAUCACCAUCAUCAUCCAACUCAACCGAUUAUCGUUCCUGCUGGAGAUGACGGUUCCUACCCUAUGGAUAAGAGGUCGACGGGGGCUAAAGUCGCCGUUCCACAUAAUGGAAGGCCACAAGUUCUUGUGACUGGACGCAAUCGAGGAAAAAGGGCUGCUGAUUUGGCGGCUCUUGUGUCGUUGCCAGUGGAAGAACAACCGUGGUUCCACGGACGUUUGCCUCGUGCUGAAGCUGAGUCUCUUCUGCGUUCAGCUCCUCCUGGAAGUUUCCUCGUUCGCACGUCAGAAACUAGCAAAGCUGCCUUCUCACUCUCCAUCAGACGCGACAGGGACUUCUUGCAUAUGAAGAUUUCCUUCGAUCCCAAGUCAGAUGCGUUCAUUCUCGGGGAAUACAGCCAACCCUACCCAACAGUCCCCAUAAUGGUCCACCAUUAUACUCGAAACUUGCUGCCAGUCAGAGGUACCAAACCGGUGUUAUUGAAGUAUCCCCUCUGUCGCGCAAUGAGUCCGUUUACCCUUCAGACGCCCUAA